GGCAUUUGCACGUCGAAACUGUCGAAAUGUGAUUUAUUUGAAAGUUUUAAAAACGCAACCAUUUUGGAUUAAUUGCUUGUUAUUAUAUACUGGCGUUUUGUAUUUUCAUUAAAAAUCUUCAAUAAUAUAAAUUACCACAGUAUUGUCUAACAAUAAAAUGGGAAAGCCUUCAUCUAUCCGUCUGUCUCAAGAUUCAGAACAACCAACGUUUUCAAAUUCUGAAUUUAAAAUGAAUAAUUCAGUAAGAAAAAAGAAAUUUGCAAUUAAAAAGAAGAAAAAUAACAAAAAAAAAUUUAACAAUGUUGUCAAAGUAAUACAACAAUUGAAAGCUGACAACGCAUCAAUCAAUAGUUCAUGCAGUUCCGUCACCUCUGUAAAUAAUACUAUAAUAGAUUUAGACACAAUAAAGACACCUAUAAAAAGUAAAGACGUUACAAGAAAUAGUCUAAUAGUAAUAUGUGAUGAUGAUGAUGCAAAUCCAACAACAAACAUUUCAAACAUGAGCCCUCCGAUACAUUCUUCAACACCUAUUCAAAACUCUAAAAUGAAAAUAAAAAAAUCAAACAGCUGUAACGAGACACAGAAUGUAAAUACAGAUGUUAAUUUAACUAAAGAUGUAAAUCAAAAUUCCUACUUAACAAUAGAUUUAACGGGAGAGGGUACACAUAAUAUGAAUAAUACAGUAAUAGACUUAGUAAAUACAUCAGAUAAACGAAAUUUAACAUCAAUAAGUGAUGUAAGUCUUUCAAUGAGUAAUGACUCGGAGGUAACGGUACUUAAUAUGCAAAAUAAUAAACAAAGUAAACAAAUGCAGAAAUAUGUAAAAGGUAUAUCAAAAAUGAACUGUCAAGAGAGAGGAAAAUUAUUAGAAAUGAUAAUGCAAACAGUAUUUAAUGGAUGUAACGUACAACAGAGUCAACGAAGUCUUAAUAUACAGGCACAAAGUAACAGAGCAACAGAAACAGUAGAAGAUGUAUAUAUCAAAGAAGUGAUCCUCGGACAGUCAAAAUCAAGGAAUAGUAUCGGAAGUAACAUUUACAAUCCCGAGAAGGAUUUAAAAAACAGGACGGGUCUACGAAGGAUUAUUAUUGAUGGAAGCAAUGUUGCUAUGCAGCACACAAUGGGCAGAAAGUUUUCAGUAAAAGGUCUCCAGAUUUGUAUAGAAUAUUUCACGAAACGGGGACAUGAUGUUACAGCUUUUGUACCACGGUUCAGAUGUAAGUUUGGUAAGAGCACGGAGCCGAGGUUGUUGGACAGUCUGGAGCGGAGCGGGCUGGUUGUGUACACACCGUCCAGAGAGAUCCAGGGCAAGAUGAUAACUUCAUAUGAUGACAGAUACAUAGUGCAGUGCGCGGCCGCGUUUGAUGGUGUCAUAGUGUCAUGUGAUAACUAUAGAGACUUGCAUUCAGAGAACCCAAGAUGGCGUUUCGUUAUCGAAAACAGAUUACUGCCAUUUACUUGGGUCGGAGACAUGAUUAUGUUCCCCAAAGACCCUUUAGGCAGAAAUGGACCUACGUUAGAACAAUUUUUAAAACAUUAACACUUUAAAUGUCGAGCUUCAUGAUUUUGUAUGAAAAAAUCUUAGUGGCAUUCAAAGUGUUAACAUUUUUUUUUUGUAAAGUAUGGUAUAUUGUUACUUAUGUGAUAAAGGUGUUUAAAAGUUUU